AACUACACAGCGGCAUUUUGCUUCCAGCUUCCAAUUCUCAAUACCGAAGCGGGGACCGUAAUUGCUUUGACGAAACAAUGCAAUACGCAGCAAUGAAACCCACUAAGCCUGGUUUGGAGGAGUCUCAGGAGCAGAUCCAUAAGAUUAGGAUCACUCUUUCCUCUAAGAACGUCAAAAAUCUCGAAAAGGUUUGUGCCGACCUGAUUCGUGGUGCCAAGGACAAGCAUCUCAGGGUCAAGGGACCUGUUAGGAUGCCCACCAAAGUUCUUCACAUCACCACCAGGAAAUCCCCAUGCGGUGAAGGCACCAACACAUGGGACACGUUUGAGCUGCGCGUGCACAAGAGAGUCAUUGAUCUCUACAGUUCCCCCGAUGUGGUUAAGCAGAUUACUUCAAUCACAAUUGAACCUGGUGUGGAGGUUGAGGUGACCAUUGCAGAUGCUUGAUUUUGGCCCAUAUUUUUUUAAUUGUGCAUGCUAGUUUAUUUUGUAAUUUAUCCUCUGGCUUGGAAUAUGUGGGUCCCGGUCCAAUACAACUAGGGUUAAUGUAUUUCCUUUUGCAGUUUAAAAUUUUGAAGUUGAUUAUUCUGGUAGGGGUAUUCACCUGUGAUUAUCUUUUCCUUUAUGUUUGUUGACAUUGAUGAAUACCAUGAGAAAUGUCAUGCUCAAUGCGUUUUAAAAUCUCUCCUUAAGUAUUUUUAGUUUUGGAUAGAAAUUGUACAUCUCCUUUUUGUUGUAUUUGUCGCAAAUGUAAUGCUCAAGUUGAAUCUAGUAUUACUAAUAAAAAAAAGACACAAGAACAGGCAAAAUGUUAUUGGCAGUU